ACCCCGCGCAGGCCCGGGAGUCCGUCGGUCCGUCCGGGGGCCUGCCCGACAGCUAGCCGGCGCUCCCGGGCUCUCAGUAGGGGCCGCCCGGGGCGGAGAUCAAUGCGGCUGGGCGCGGGCCGCCCACAGCCCGGAGGCCGCUCGGGGCGGCGGGUGCGAGCGCGGCGGGCCGGGCGGGCUGAGAUAAGCGGCCAUGUGACCUUACCUGGGCCGGGCGGCGGGGGAGGGGCGCGCAGGUGAGGCGGCGGCCGCCCGGCCCUGCACGCGCACACGGCGGCCGCGGGCUCGGCGGCGGCAUGGCUGGCGGCAGGAAGGACUGGUCCGCGCUGUCCAGCCUGGCCAGGCAGUGGACCCUCGAGGAUGAGGAGGAGCAGGAGCGGGAGCGCCGGCGGCGACACCGGAACCUGAGCUCCACCACGGACGAAGAGGCUCCCAAGCCCGCCCAGAAUGGAGACACGCCUGCUGCCCGGAGACUGCCAAGCGUGGAGGAAGCAGAGGCGCCCAAGCCACGAACCUCAGCCUCCAAAGAUGAGGAUGAGGACAUCCAGGCCCUCCUCAGGACCCGGCAGGAGCGGAGGCAGAGGCGGCAGGCGGCGGAGGCUGCGCGGGCCCCCAGUCCGCAGGAGACAGAGGAGGGAAGGGACGGCUCUGGCCCAGGGCAGGCCAAGCAGCAGCCUCUCAUGCCCAAGAAGGAGGUGGAGCCACCACUUCCGCGGAGACUGAGCCGGGAGCGGCGCGGCCCCUGGGCCAGGGAGGAAGAGAGCUCGGCAGCCCAGGAGUCCGAAAGUGGGAAGAAGGAGGUCUCAGAGAAGCCUGCGGUCUCAGAGAAGCCCCCCGCUCCAGGGAAGACAUUAGUACUUGGAAAGAGACUGGUCUCAGAGGAAACCUCCAUCUCAGGGAAGGCCUUGGGCCCUGAGAAAACAUCUGUGUCAGAGAAAAGAGCCGUCUUAGAGAAGAAGUCAAUUCUAGAAAAAACAAGUGUGUCGGAGAAGCCGCCAGCCCCCAGGAAGACAUCAGACUCAGAAAGGAGAACAGUUUCUGAGAAAGCAUCGCUCUUCGAGAAGUCUCUGGUGUCAGAGAAGACCCUGGCCACCGAGACAAAGCUGGCCCCAGAGAGGGCGGCCGCCCCACAGCAGCCUCAGGCAGGGGAGCAGCCGGCCUCUGGGGGAAGCCAGCCCACCUCCACCACGGGGCAGAGUGGAAAGGCCCUCCCCGAGAAGACCCCCCCGUCCUCCGCCAAGCUGAGGGAGCAGGGGGCGCCGGCCCCUCCGGCUGCGACUUCCCGCCUCCCGCCCAUCACGUUGCAGGUGAAAAUCCCAAGCAAUGAGGAAGAGCUGGACACACUCUCACCCACCCAGGCCACCUACAGCAGCUCCCUCAAACGCUCCAGCCCCAGGACCAUCUCCUUUCGGAUGAGCCCCAGGAAAGACAACUCAGAAACAACCUUAACCCGCAGCGCCAGCAUGAGGCUCCCCGCUGGCACAGUCAAGUUAGGGGAGAAGCUGGAGCGAUACCACACAGCGAUCCAGAGAUCGGAAUCCGUCAGGUGUCCUGGCUCGUCCCGCACUGAGUUCUUUGUGGCUCCCAUGGGUGUAGCCAGCAAGCGCCACCUCUUUGAGAAGGAGCUGGUAGGCCAGAGCCGAGCAGAACCAGCCUCCAGCCGGAAGGAAAACUUGAGGCUCUCAGGGGUUGUGACAUCCAAGCUCAACCUGUGGAUCAGUAGGACCCAGGAGUCUGGAGAUCAGGACCUGCAGGAUCCACGGAAAGAGUCAGUGGCCCCUAAGAGGACCCAGUGGGGAAAGAAAGGAGACUCCUCCCUGGAUGUCGAGGUAUGAUGAACCGGGCCAGGACACACCCGCAAGUCUGCAUCUCGGGGGCCUUCCCUCAGGCCAGGCCCUGCUGCCAGCAGCAUCCCUGUUUCUCAUCGCCCCUGCUCCCGCUCUGCCUCUGGACCUGGGGCCAGGAGUGUUGGGGAGACUCAAGCCAACUCCUUCCCAGUCUAGCUUCUGGGGGUGGGUGUGCCCCGCCCCCUUCUCAUCCCAUGGCAGGCACAGUGGGUCCUGGGACCCAGUGUCAGCACCCUGUGGCCUCCAUGUCCUGUCCGGAGGUGGCUUCCAGGCCCUGCUCCCUUGCAGGGGCAGGGCGGUGCUGUCUCCCGGGAACUCUCUGCGAUCUGCUUCUAGCAGGUGCUUCCAAUAUGCCUAUGAUGUCUCUCCCUCACUGAGGCCUGGAGCUGAGCACCUCAGUCCCUGGGGCCUGCCUCCAGCUUGCUGAGACUGUCCGGGAGCUGCCCUGUGUCUUCCGUGUGCCCCGUCUCCCCGCUUUGUCUGCCUCUCACUUCCUUGGCCGGCUCCUCCGGCCAGGAACUCGGUGCCAUUUUGUGCACCCCUUCGCCCCCUCUCUGGAAAAGCUGUUCUCAGGAAAGAGCUGAUAAACUCCUUUACUCUCAGGUGACCAAUAAGACCUUAAAAAUGGA